AUGGUCUCGAAUGAGAAAAAAUCCGGGGCUUUCUGGAAAAGAGUCGCAACAUACUUCGCCGCAAGCCCUAAGGUGCAAGGCUGUGAUGUCAGAGAGGCGACCCACUGCAAGAACCAUUGGAAGAAGAUCAAUGAUCUAGUCAAGAAGUUUUGUGGGGCUUACGAAGCUGCAACCGGUGGAAGCGGAAAGAGGAGGAAGCUUGAUGAUGGUGCACAUUCCUCAGCCUCUCAUGCGUCUGAAACCAUGAAUAAUGAAGCUGAUGAAGCAGCCACUCGUCCCCCGGGUGUGAAGGCAUCAAUGGGGCUUGCUAGGAAUAAGGCAGAGACUGAGUAUCAGAGGAUGUGGAACAUCAAGAAGGAGGAUAUGGCUAUGAGGGACAGGAUUUUGAAGAUGAAGCUGCUGGAUAACCUAAUGGCAAAAACAGAACCGUUAGCUGAGGAUGAGGAAGCGCUGCAGAAGAAGCUCAUAACUGAAUUGUUGUCUUAA